AAUAAUACUAUGUAAUAAACAUAAUAAGAUGUACGUAUUUGUUUGAUUCUGAAAUUGAAAUCGCAGUUAGCCGAUCCAGGCUUGUGAAGGACGACCCGCAGUUGCCGUGACUAGUCUUUGUCGCUCUCUAUCAUGUCAAAAAACACGGUGGCUAAGCAUCAAGAAGGAAUAGAAUACCUCGAUGUCCUUACUAAAGCUGGUGAAAAAACAGGCAUCUCCAAACCAAGAGGAGAUGUACACAGAGAAGGGGAUUAUCAUCGAGCUGUUCAUGUGUGGAUAUACGCUGAGAGUACACAAGAACUACUUGUGCAAUGCCGUGCAGACUCCAAGGACUCAUGGCCUGGCCAGUGGGAUAUAUCAAGUGCUGGGCAUAUUUCUGCUGGAGAUUCUUCAUUGGUUUCAGCUGUGAGGGAACUUCAAGAAGAACUUGGUAUAACACUUCCAAAGGAUGCAUUUGAAUUAAUUUUCGUUUUUCUUCAAGAAUGUGUUAUCAAUGAUGGGACCUAUAUCAACAAUGAAUACAACGAUGUAUAUCUCGUUACCAUGAUAGAUCCAAUUCCUCUGGAUGCCUUUACUCUACAGGAAUCAGAAGUUUCAGCGGUGAAAUAUAUCUCUUAUCAGGAGUACAGAAGCUUACUUGCCAAUGAAGAUCCUCAUUAUGUGCCUUAUGAUGUAAAUAGUGCAUAUGGUCAGCUCUUUGAAAUCAUUGAGAAAAGGUACAGACAAAAUGUUGACCUGAGGAGUUUGAACCUACAAAAGCAGAUUAAUCGUUAUGCUCCUGUUUCACUCAGUGCCGAGACUGCCGGGAUAAGUGAUGCAGACAAAAAAGCUCUAGCUCUUAUUGUCAAAGCUGCAACAUUUAUAGACAGGAUUUUUUACUUGCAGAUCUGGCAUAGCAACCUAUCUUUCAGCGAUUGGUUAAGGGAGCAUGCUGGAAAAUCUCAUUUGGACAAGUUAAAAUGGACAUACUAUCACAUCAACAAGAGUCCAUGGUCCUGUUUGGAUGAAAAUGAGGCAUUUUUGACAACUGCAGACUCAGCUAUCAAGCUAAUUCCUGAGGCUACGAAGCCUGUGACCGGGUGGAUAGGUCUUGAGUAUAGACUAGCAUUUCCUGUUAUAAAACCACCUGGUGCCAAUUUUUAUCCAUCAGAUAUGGACAAAAUGGAAUUUUCAUUGUGGAUAGACAGUCUCCCUGAGGAUAAAAAAAAGGAAGCAACGGGAUUCUUUAAUGUGAUCAAAAGGCACAGUGAAUCUGAAAUCAUGGACAUACCAAAAUCUCGAAAUGCCUCAACCUCUUUUCAUGACCUAUAUAUCGUUCCUUAUUGGCAAGAAUACAAUUCUUUGCUUGUUGAAGCUGCAAAGUUACUACAUGAAGCUGGAAAUAUUACAAGCUCGCUCAGUUUGAGAAGACUUUUACACAGAAAAGCAGACGCCUUCCUUUCCAAUGAUUACUACGACUCGGAUAUUGCCUGGAUGGAGUUGGACUCAAAGUUGGAUGUAACUAUUGGCCCAUAUGAAACCUAUGAGGAUUCAAUUUUUGGAUAUAAGGCUACGUUUGAGGCAUUUAUUGGUGUCCGAGAUGACAAAGCAACAGCUCAAGUAAAGCUGUUUGGUGACCAUUUGCAGGUUUUGGAAAAGAACCUUCCAAUGGAUAAUGUUUAUAAGUCGAAAGAUGUGACAUGUGCUCCUAUUCGGGUAAUCCAGCUUCUCUACAAUUCAGGGGAUGUAAAGGGCCCACAAACAGUUGCGUUCAAUCUUCCAAAUGAUGAGAGGAUUGUGAAAGAUAGAGGAACAUCUAUGGUCCUGCUUAAGAAUGUUUCAGAGGCAAAGUUUAAGCUCAUUCUCCAGCCUAUAGCUGAUGCGUGUGUCAGCAAGGAACUUAGGAAGCUUGUGGAUUUUGAAUCUUUCUUUACUCACACAAUAUGCCACGAGUGCUGCCAUGGCAUUGGACCUCAUACCAUCAAACUCCCAAAUGGGAAGACCUCCACAGUAAGAUUGGAGCUGCAAGAGCUCCAUUCAUCAAUGGAAGAAGCUAAAGCUGAUAUUGUGGGACUUUGGUCCCUAAAGUUCCUAAUUGAUGAGGGUUUGCUUCCGAAGAGCCUAGUGAGAUCAAUGUAUGUCUCAUUUCUUGCUGGAUGCUUCCGUUCAGUUCGCUUUGGGUUAGAGGAAGCUCAUGGAAAAGGACAAGCGCUUCAGUUCAACUAUAUGUUUGAGAAAGGUGCGUUUGUUUUACAACAUGACGGGGCUACCUUCUCCGUUGACUUUGAUAAGGUUGAGAGUGCUGUUGAAAGCUUGAGUAGGGAAAUUCUUACGAUACAAGCAAGAGGCGAUAAAGAUGGUGCAAGAAUGCUACUUCAGAAAUAUGGUGUUAUGACUCCACCCUUGCGAAGUGCUCUCGAAAAACUUGAAAUGAUUCAGGUUCCCGUGGACAUAGUUCCUGACUUUCCCAUUGCUGACCAAAUCGUAUGUGAUUUCCAUUGAGCACUUGAAGACUUGAAAACGAAAGGAAGCAGCUCUUGUUUUUGGACACUUGUGACUUGUGGCCAGUGAAGAGAUAUAACCUUUUAACUACAAAAAUGAUGUUUGUACCCACUCUUAUACCCACUUUUAUAACCCACCCAUGUUUGUGAAGGCCUUUUAUUGUCUGUGAGUUCCGUUCACAGAUAGUAUUUUGUUUGUGCAAAAUUUGCAUAGACAAAAUAACACAUAUUUUGUCUCUGAACCGGAUUCACAAACAAAAAAAAAUCUUCACAAACAUGGUGGGUAUAAGGUGGGUAUGAGGGUGGAUACAUCAAGCAUUGUUUUAACUAUUUACCUUUAUCUUUUGCAAUAAAAAUAAGCUAAAAAGUUUGAAUAGACCAUUUUACCAUUUCAAAUCCAUUAAAGAAUAUCAUAUAAACAUACUUACUUUGGAA